CCAUAGUACCAUUACUCCACAGCCGAAGUGCCAAAGUCUCUCUCUCUCUCUCUCUCUUUCGGACGUCCUUUUCUCUCUCUAAAAAAACCUUUUUUCGAGAAAAUGUGAGCAAACCCUAACGAAAUAAAAGGAUAUGUAGUCUAUUCGAUCUCAAUUCGAGUCGGUUGGGAUAUAUUUUCGUAUGGAAAGGAGUAUUUUAUCAAUCGUCGGAGAAACUGUGUGCUGAACUUUUUAAUUUGUUUAUUUAUUUAUUUUUUGAUUGAUUUGGUGGGGGGGUUGAGAUGUACAAGAACCAGCUGCAGGAGCUGGCGCAGCGGAGCUGCUUCAAUUUGCCGUCUUAUACUUGCAUCAGAGAAGGACCCGAUCACGCGCCUCGAUUCAAAGCCGCCGUCAAUUUCAAUGGGGAGAUGUUUGAGAGUCCUAACUACUGCUCUACGCUCCGCCAGGCCGAGCACUCGGCUGCUGAGGCGGCGCUUGACGCCCUAGCUAGCCGUGGCCCAUCCAACUCUCUCGCCGCCAGGAUUUUGGAUGAGACGGGUGUCUAUAAAAAUCUUUUGCAGGAGGUCUCGCAAAGAGUGGGAGCAUCUUUGCCUGCUUAUACAACUUUCAGAACAGGUCUCGGUCACCUUCCCAUUUUUACCUGUACUGUAGAGUUAGCGGGUGUUAUAUUUACUGGUGAACCAGCAAAGAACAAGAAGCAAGCAGAAAAGAAUGCAGCCAUGGCAGCUUGGUUAUCUUUGAAAUCAUUAGUGCAACAAUCUGAGAAUCCAACAUUAGAAAAGCCCAGCAAGGAUGAGCAAGAGCAUGUGACUGUAGCUCGUGCUCUGCAGAAGUAUAUAAUAAAGGCAAGAUUGGCAAGACUACCUUUUCCAAUAAAAUUUCCUAAACUAAAUCCGAGGCCAUCAAAUACACAGCAGUCUCCGACCACAACAUCAAAAAUUCUUCCUUUGAUAUGCCCGAAAACAGUUCUUCGUAAUAGGCCUGUUACAUCUGUAAAUAACAGCUCUUUCCAAAAGAUUGUUCAAACACACCAAAGCCAACCAACAAUUACUACUGGAAAUGAGAGGCAAUCAUUGGUGGACAACCUUAAAGGCCGACCACAGAAGUUCCCUGCAGCAGGAGCAGCGCCCUACAUACCGGUCCAACACUGUAACCCACACUAUCGAAUUGCACCACCAGUGACAAUAAGGAACGCUAUUCCUGUUUUCUCUGCACCUCCACUUCCUUCAGCACAGCCUUCAGUAGUAAUAAGGCCUCCAGCUCUGGGUAUGGCUCCACCUGUGUGUGUGAGACAAGCUGUUCCUUUAUGUGCUGCUCCUGUUCGAAUGGACGAGCCACCCAUAGUACACCCAGCUGCCAAAGUAGAAGAUCCACAAUUAUCGAGACCUCGAAGAGAUCGAGCAGAAGAGCUAAUGGUUUCUAGAGCUGCACCAGGCAGACUAGAGGAGAAGCCAUUUCCCAAGCUUCCUGUGAUUCCAGCCAACGAACCUCUUGAUCGUAAGUCAUUGCCAUGUUGCAUAGCACCAACUUCUGAAGUUGCACCAGAUCAACUUGAGCAACCAUCAUCUGAAGUCUCUACAGUUCAAGUCGGGUCGCCAUUUUCUAAGGUUAGUAGUUCACUGCUCGGUUCAAAAGGAUCUGCAGAAGAGACUGGGAUUGCAGUGCCGGACAGGCUGCAGGAGUCGACAGGGAUUGAAGACCUUAAAGAGCUAAAGAUAUGAAAAUGAAUUAUGUAAGUUGAGUUUUUCUGAUUUGGUCUUUAUUUUUGGUUAAUUUAUUACUGUUACUUUUUGGCAGACUUCAGCUGUUGUAAGAGUUCUGAAGUGUAGCUCAUUAGAAUCCUUUCGUAUUGCUUUUAGAAAACUACGGCUAUUUGAACUGCAAAGUAUGAUACAAGCAAGCUUAUAUGCUAAAAAUUGCAGAUGUGGUAUGUCAUUGUAGUA